AUGGAUAAUACAUCAGUUCCUAUUUUUAAUAAUUUGAAAACUUGGGUACUUGAUGAUGGCAUAUGUGUAACUGCAUCAUUUAUAUCUAAAUUUUAUUGUGAAAAUAAGGAUAAUAUUAAUGGCACUUUUUUAUUAUUUAAAAAAAUGAUUCAUAAAACUAUUGAUGGAGAAGAUUAUGUACAUUAUGAGACAAUUCUAGCAAAUGAAGAAGAUUUAGAUAGAAUAAUAAAUGAUAGCUCAUCAGAUGAAAUUUUAGGAAAAACUUUAUACGCUGUUCAACCAAAAGGUGUAUUGUUUGACAAUAAAUGUUUGAAGCGAGAUUAUCUCAGUUCUACUUCAAAUUUCAGUGAAAGUGAUAACGAUUUCACCGAGGGGGUGAAUGAUGAUUCUUUUGAUAAAAGUUGUGAUUUACCUCAAAAAGAGAAUAUGGAAGAUACUUCAAAUAAUGAUAAUCAGGAGGAAGAUUCUGUUGAUAUGAAGGAAAAUAAUUUAAAUGAAUCUUCCAAAGAAAAGGGAACAAAAAGGAAAUUCAGUGAUGAUGAAGUAGAGAAAACAUGUGAUGAAGAAGAAGAUUUAAAAAAAAGAAAAAUUAGUGAAGAACCGAAAGAUAAUGUACCGGUUAAAUCAAUUAAACCUACCAAGAAGGAAACUAAAAGCAAGACUACAAGUAAAGGAAGUCACAAAGAAAAUACAUUUACAAAAGAUCUUACUAAUAAAGAAAUUGUUACAGAAACCUUUGUGAACGAAGAUGGUUUUUUGGUAACAAAAAGUACUGUGAAAGCAGGGAAAAGUCAACUAUUACAAGACCCUACACCAAAAAGUCCAUUGAAAAAAUCAAAAUCCAGUCAAAGUAAAGUUCCUCAAAAACAAACUUUAUUAAGUAACUUUUUUACAAAGAAAAAUUGA